AUGGCUCCACCACCAGCGUUGGCGAUUAAAGCGUCGGCUGCUUAUAAAAAGAAAGAUGGUGCCUUGAGCAUUACCAGCGACCAAAAGGCGCUUCAGUGGCUCCCUUUGGGUGCCCAAGGGUUGGGGAAGGCAGUGACGAUUGCAGUCGCAAACAUUACCAAUUUGCAGCAGACGCCAGAAUCCGCUGCAAAGGUCAUGUUAAAGGUUUUCGACAAGUCACCUGACGCAGCUGAGCCGGUCACCCAUCUUUUCCAUUUCAACUCGCCAUCAAACCCUCGUGGAGAGGCCAACUCUGUGAAAGAUGUUUUGACGAGUCUGAUCACUGCCACGAAGGCUAAUGAUGUGGGCGUGGGCAAAGCAAAUGGCGCUGGCGGAGCAUCCGCUGCGAUGGCCAUUGCCAGUGCUGUAGCGUCGAAGCAAGGUUCUGGGUCAGCCCGCUGGUACGAUGAUAAUGCACUAAAGGUCGAUAUCGAGCUUCAGCAGUCCCUCAUGAAGAAGGAUCCAGCUUUACAUCGGACUUAUAUGGAGGCGAGGCGGACAAAACCAGACAGUACAUCAGACUCUCAAUUCAAUUCGCAAUUCUGGUCCACUCGGACGAGCGUCCUGAGAGCUCAUGCGGUUGAUAUCAACCAGAAAAAGGGAGCUUAUAACGUGUUGUCAGCAGUGAAGCCACGCCAGGUUGGUGGAGAGCUCAAAAUGAACAUAAGUGCCGAGCAAGUGCAGCUUAUUUUCAGUCAGCACCCGCUGGUAAAGCGAGUCUACGAUGAGAAUGUGCCUAAGCUUAACGAGACGGAGUUUUGGUCAAGGUUCUUUCUUAGUCGUUUGUUCAAGAAGCUCAAGGGCGAGAGAGUCUCUGAGGAGGACGGCACGGAUCCUACUUUCGAUAGAUAUCUCGAUGCCAGCAAUGACACUAGUCUCAGUCCGACACUCCUGGGAUUGCACAUUCCGAAUACCAUUAAUCUUGAGGGCAAUGAAGAGAACCAGGGCGGUAUGAGCCGUGGCAACCGAGCAGACUUCACCAUGAGGCCCGGCUCGGCAGCCAAGGUACCUAUCGUCCGGACAUUAAACAGUCUGAGCGAAAAGUUAAUGGCUCAUGUUGCCCCGUCUGAUAUCGAUCCGGCGGCCCCCAUCGGUAUGGAUGAGGAAACCUUUAAUGCUCUGGCGCUGCGUGACCUGCAAGGUGAUCCAGAGGAGAAUCGGAUCAUGCUGAACAUCAAGGAGCAAAGUCGAUUUUUUGCGAAUGAGAAGUCAACAGCGUCUGCCGAAUCUGCGCUGUAUUCCAAGCAGGUACCUUCGCAGGUACAGUCUGCAUUGCGGGCAGACAUCGAUUCCACUGGGAUGGGCGACCAUGCUGGUGGCGCGUUCGACUUGGGCUCAGCUAUAGGAGUACUAGAAGAGAGCGAUAGUGAGGAGGAAGAAGGCGAGAAGCAACCUCAUGUAGGCAGCAAAGCCAGUAUUGCGCAGGCACAAAAACAAAUUCUAGAAGGGAUAAAAGCUCGUCGAAUGGAGAUUGACGGAUCCGACGCUCAGUCAUCACUGUGUGGCCUGUCACAGAAAAUUUUCGACCGCUUGACCUUGACACAUGCGACGACGACAGAGUUCUUGCAUCAUUUCUGGGUCAUCUUUCUCUCGGGUGAUGCUGACCGUGCUGGUGAACUAGAACGAGUGGUUGAGACCCUUGAGCGGGCCAUGGACCGUAUUAAUUCAGUUGCCGCCGAUGCCGAGAAGGAAAAAGAAGAAGUAAUUCUCAAACAAAAGCAACACAUUCGGGACGUUUGGGAGAAAACUGGGAAGAAAACUCAUUGGAACUCAAAUUCCGUCGGAGGAGGCGAGAAGAUAGUCAAGGAGAUGAUGGAACCGACUAUCAGAACUCUGCAGACGGCAACCCGGGAAUAUAGAAAGGCGCUCAGUGCGGAAGGGAUAGAUGCAUCCUGA